UAACAACACUCAACAGCCUCCUGGGUGCCAUCAGCUGCAACGUGUGUUCGUUCCGUUCGUUCAUUCUGUUCAUUCAUAACAAACAAUAAAAGGAAUAAGCAUAUUGAUUAACAAAACAUGUUAGGUUUAUCGACCCGUCUGCUUCGACGAUGUCACGUGACGCGCUUAAGCGAGCGGGUCAGCCUGCGCGCAGCCGUCAGCACGCGCCCGCCGGUGGGUCCGGGUUUAGAGUUUUUCCUGGCCAAUCCACGCGCAUCCGCGUCCGCUCGCCCGUCGCGAAUCACCCCGCCCGCCCCACACGCCUAUUUGACAUCCGAAGCCUUGGAUGGCACGGGACAAAAGGUAUAUUUCGACGUGUACGGCUGUCAAAUGAAUGUCAACGACACGGAGGUCAUUCAUUCUGUGCUCCAUGAGUACGGCUAUCAGGCCACCAGCAAUCGCUUAGAGGCCGAUGUGUGGCUCCUGGUCACGUGUUCCAUUCGGGAAGGUGCCGAUGACAAGAUCUGGAAGAAGCUCAGACACAUUCAAGUGCAGAAGAAGACUCGAAAGUAUCGCGAGCACUUAAAAGUGGGACUCUUGGGUUGCAUGGCAGAGCGGCUCAAAGAAAGGCUUCUGGAUCACGAUCAUCUGGUCGAUUUGGUGGCCGGGCCCGAUGCCUAUCGAGAUUUGCCUCGCCUCUUGGCCUCCACCGCAUACUCGCGUGAAUCCGCCAUCAACGUGAUUCUCUCCAUGGAGGAGACCUAUGCCGAUGUCACGCCCAUGCGACUCAAUCAGGAUCAAGUGACAGGCUUUGUAUCGAUUCAACGCGGUUGUGAUAACAUGUGUAGCUACUGUAUUGUGCCUUUUACCCGUGGCCGAGAGCGGUCUCGACCCGUGGCCACCAUUUUGCACGAAGUGCGGAUAUUAAUUGAGCAGGGUGUAAAAGAGAUCACGCUCUUGGGUCAAAAUGUCAACAGCUAUCGAGACACAUCUCAAGAGUCCGUUGCCAUGUUUGGCGGAUUAGGACCAUCUGAAGUGACUGGCACUUCCUCGGGUUUCCGCAGCAUCUACAAGGCCAAAUCCGGCGGAGUUCGUUUUGCCGAUCUCUUGCAUCAGGUGUCCGAGAUCGAUCCCGAGGUUCGCAUUCGAUUCACCUCGCCCCAUCCUAAAGAUUUCCCGGAUCAGGUUCUGCACCUGAUUGCCGAGCGCGACAACUUGUGCUCGCAGAUCCAUUUGCCCGCACAAUGCGGCAGUAGUCGCAUUCUCUCCGAAAUGAGACGGGGCUACACCCGAGAGGCGUACUUGGCUUUGGUUGAUCAUGUGCGAGGCAUCAUUCCGAAUGUGGCUUUGAGUUCGGAUAUGAUUGUGGGCUUCUGUGGCGAAACGGACGAGGAAUUCCAGGAAACCUUAAGUUUGGUUGAGCAGGUCAAAUUCCAUAAGAUUUUCAACUUUCCAUACAGCCUCCGUGAGAAAACGCACGCUCAUCGGAAAUUAGUGGAUGAUGUUCCUUUGGAGGUGAAAAAGGCUCGUCACCUCGCAUUAGACGCCUUGCAUCGGAAAGAGGCCGAAGUGCUCAAUCGCAAAUUCAUCGGGACCGAACAAACCGUCCUCAUAGAAGGGAAUAGCAAGCGUUCGGAUCAGGAUUACCAAGGACGAAAUGAUGCGAAUGUGAAAGUGAUCUUCGGCAAGGACGAGUCUGUCCAAGUCGGAAAUUAUUGCAAAGUCCGGAUCUCAAACGCCAACGGACAAGUCAUCAAAGGAAGUUUUGUGGCCAAAACCAAUCUCUCCGGUCAUCCCUUGAGCUCAAGCCAAAGGUUAGGGAAACCAAUGGCACUCAGUUCUUGAACUUGAUUGAUUUGUGAAGUUAAAUAUAACAUGGAAAUUGUUGCGGAAACUGUGACAAAUGAACAAAAGUCAAUACGAUGGGGGAAAACGGAAACUUCUCUGAACUAAAUUGUAAUGGUACGCGUACAUUGGGUCACUUAUUGAAAUCAGGAAACAAGUAGAAACACGUUUCCUUUUCUUGAUGUAUUUUUGUGUAGUUCAAACAAGUACGUCAUAUACCUUAAAGGUAUUUUCACGACUGUAUUGUUUUGAGACUCCUUUUAGUCAGAGUGUUUCGGCAAAUUAUCCUAAAAUCUGAGAAAUACUUGCCGGAUGGAAAGUGGUUUGAAAAGUGGAAAUUUUUAAGCAAAUUUGACGGUUUAAAAGUAAGAUAACUUAGAGACUGGGCAAUCAAUCAUCUUUUAAUUUUACGGCAACAUGCUCAAACGCAAAAUAGAUGAUUUAGAAAAUGAUAUAGGAAAGUAUGGUAUUCAUUAUUAAAGAUUGUGUUUUGAAAUCCCUUUUAUAUAUUUUUUUGAACAACACGUGUAUGCGUCACAAAAAACUUGUUCCUUGUUAUCACCGGAUUUAAAAAAUGCCCCUAUGUGCGAAUAUAAUUCCUAUUCGGCAAACUUCCGUUUUUCCCCGUUUUAUAUUAAGAAGAUGGUCUCCGUCAAGAAAAAGGAACAGUAAUUUUCGCUCGCUUUUUUUUUUAAGUCGGAGCUAAUUCCUUAGGGAUUUCAUAACAAAGUUUUCAUUUCUAUAUCAAAGGCUUUAGUGAAACUUUAGCCGGUAACAAAAUGCGUGAAUAUGUUUGUAAUGCGUGUGAUAUCAGAACGGGCAAGGCGUUUUUCCUUUUAAAUACAUGUUUAUCACGUC